ACGUAGGAGGCGGACCAACACAACUGUAGCUAGAGCUUGAAAAAGCUCGCAGCUGUUUACAAAUAAGUGGAUAUAAUUCGUGCUUUCGCAUGGUUUUAAUAAUUAAGAUUUAAUUAUUUAAAUCUUUGCAAUGUCUGUCAACUAUGCUGCUGGAUUAUCUCCCUACGCGGAUAAAGGAAUCUGUGGUCUCCCUGAGGUGUUCGAUGAUCCGGACGAGUUGCGAGCUAAAGUGGAGAAUUUGGCUCAGUUGAUCAGAGACUCGCAGUACAUGGUGGUGCACUCGGGCGCUGGAAUCAGUACCUCUACAGGCAUCCCUGACUUCAGAGGACCGAAAGGCGUGUGGACGAUGGAGCAAAGAGGAGAGAGCCCUCAGUUUGACACUACUUUUGAAGACGCUAAGCCGAGCAUAACUCACAUGGCCCUGCUACAGCUGCAGAGGUCUGGCUACCUCAAAUACCUCAUCAGCCAAAACGUGGACGGCCUUCACCUGCGCUCGGGUUUCCCCAGGGACCGAUUAUCCGAGCUUCACGGAAACAUGUUCGUGGAGGAAUGUGAGAAGUGCGGCAAGCAGUACGUGCGCGAAAAGGUAAUUGGGGUCAUGGGUCUGAAACCCACAGGGCGCUACUGUGAAAGCACUCGAUCCAGAGGACUCAGAGCAUGCAGAGGGAAGCUGAUCAGCACUAUUCUCGACUGGGAGGACUCACUUCCUGACAGAGAUCUGCAACGUGCAGAUGAGGCCAGCAGGCGAGCUGACCUGGCCCUUACCUUGGGUACGUCUCUUCAAAUUAAGCCUAGUGGUGACCUGCCUCUUCUGACCAAACGUACUGGAGGCAAAGUGGUGAUAGUGAACCUGCAACCAACCAAACAUGACAAGCAUGCCCACAUGAUCAUCCAUGGUUACGUGGAUGAAGUCAUGGGUCAGCUGAUGAAGCACUUGGGCUUAGAGAUCCCAGAGUGGGCGGGGCCAACGCUGUGCGAAUCCUCAGGCGGCGACGCGGACAUCCUGCCCUACGGCACCUGGAAAAAGGAAGUGAAGAUCGAACUGAAGAUAGAGGAAAAGAAAGAACCUGCAGUGAAGAGGAAAGCGCCAAAGAAGGACAGUGAUGGAGGAGUCAAAAGAGAGGAAGAUGUUGAGGAAGAGAAGAUUCCAUGUAAACACAAGGGUAUAGGAGACAGUAGAUCAAAACCAGUCAGUGAGCUUAACAGAGUGGAGGAGAAAUCUGAGACUGAACUCUGCUCUUCUUCUGGGGGUCAAGCUAAAAAGCUACGGAUUGACACUCCAUCCACAUAGAACUUUUGUUUGGCUUAGGGUUUUUUCUUUGUCUUAGGAAACUCAGCGCAAAAAAAAAAACAACAGCAAUUCAAUCUCAGGCAGGUUCUUUAUCACACAUCUCCUCACAGCCAGGCUGUCUUAAACCUGGAUUUUACAUUUUUACCAUUUUUGAUUUCCAAAAGAAAUCAAACAAUUUCAGAAUUCUUGAGAUUUGGACACACAAUGUAACAUCUUCACUGAUGUGCUAUCACGUCUAGUGUCCCAUCAAUGUACUGGUGAUGUCAGGAAACAUAAAACGUAAAAAAAAAACUUUUAAAGGCUUGAAUAGCAGGAUGACUCGGGUGGCAAAAUGUCUUCGGACAGCAGGAUGUACAGUAACAGCUACAAAAAUGGUAAACUGUAAAGGAAACAGGCCAAAACAUCAUUAUUACCUCAUCAUUUUUAUUGUUUUUUUUUAAUCUGCAAAUCAAAUAAAACAAAAUUGAAAGCUUAAAAAUAGUAAAAUGUACCUAGGCUUAAUAAUCUUCAAUUUGUUUUAUUGUAAUCUUAUAAUAAGACCAUAAUAGAUACGUUUGACUAGAUUAAAGAUAUCAUGACUUAGGCAUCAUGUUAAGAUUGUAAUGUGAGCAUAAAAAAAAAAAGGCUUUUAAGUUUUUUAAGCCUGAUUGCAGUGUAGGUCAUCUGAAGUGCUGCAGCAGCUGCUCGCUGAUGUGACAUGCAGCUUUGGAUAAAGUAUAAAGUUUACUUUGAUGUGUAAGGGAGUCUGAUCAGCCAUGUUGAAAUAACUAAACCCAGAGCACUCGCAGCGUUACAGCUCCCACCGUAGCCUCGCCUGAAAACAGACAUGAUGUGCAGUAGUUUUAUUUAAUCUCAUUUUUAUUUUUUUAUUUUCAUUCUCAUUUUUAGAUUUUUUAAUCUCCUUUUUUUAUGCUGCACUUGUUUUCUGUCGUGUCGCAACGUGUUCACGUGAUCAAGGCUACUUAAGACUAUAGGAUAUUUAUGUUCCUACCAGCUGCAAAGCCACACAAACCUCCGUGUUUCCCAAACAACAUAAAGAAAGAUCACAAUGAGAAGCAGGAAGUCGGAAUUCAUUCAGUCAUUUCUUUUUUAAAACGUCUGCUUCCAAGCUACAAAGUAGGGAAAGACACAGACGCCUCAGUGUUUGUCUGUUUAUAGCAACAAGAGAGCCAGGAAAGCCAACAAGGUCAUAGAUUUAACAAGUGAAUCUGUCUGUAUGUCGGUUGGUCUAAAACACAAUCGAUGUUCCUUGAUGAAUUCAGAAUUCCUACGUAGGAAUUCUUAGUUGAAGGUUUUUUUUUUUGUUGUUUUUUUUUGUUUUUUUUUUUUUUUAGAAGACGUUGGGAAUCAUGAGUUACGACCUCUAAUCAUAUACCAAAUUUGUAUGUCCAGCUUUUGAAAAGUAGAAAUCAGCCUGUAAGUGUGCUUGUGCUUGAGGUUUCUACCAAAAGAAGAUAUUUGUUUCUGAUUUGAUCUCCUGCUCCAGGAAUUACAGGGAUGUUACUUACUCUAAUAAACAUCAUUGAUCCUUCAGAGUGAGCAGAUGGAAUCUUAGCUGGAAUUAAAAACAACUAUGAGAUAGUGUGACAACAUUUACACAAAAACGUAAAGAAGAAUGAAUCUGUGCAAAUCUCCGAUAAUGUUACAAUAUUCAUGAAACUCAGCAAAAGCAAUAAUGAGCAACGGGCUUAAUCUCCACGUCCUCCGUAUCGGCUGUGUUGUAUGUUCACCGUCUUGGUUUGUAUAGUUUACACCACUUUUAUUUCCAUGGUCCUGGUUCCUUCAUUGGGAUGAAACCACAAACCAGGAACGUUGCUGUUAUUGUGUAGGAAAGUUCCAUAAAAUUCCUCGAGAGGUUCUUGACACAAAAUGUACCUGCUGAAAAUGAAAAACUCUGGAGGUCAGAUUUAAGGAUGUGUCCUGCGAUCGCAUUAUUGCGUGACAUGUGUGACGGUCUACACAAGCUUUUCUUGCACACCACACAAUAAAAAGACUGCAUCAAGACUGCACUGUCCAAUGAAACCCCUUUUUUUUUUUUUUUUUUUU